UAUGGUAACAGGCCAGAGUAUUACAUGCAUGCCAGAGAUGAAAUGGAUAUUCAGGCAUUGAAAGAAGGCCAUGACACUGGAAAAUCCCCUAAAAGGACAAAAAUGAAGCACUUUCAGUCCAAUGAUGGAAACAAGAAAGAAGUUGUAGCAAGAUCCGCAAAACCUGCCGAAACUCGUACACAGAUCCGAGAAAUGCUAACGAGCGGAAAUCUAGAAGCACUUGAAGAGCUGGUGCUCCAAGGACACGGGGAUAAGCUCUUGGGAGAAUCUUCUAAUAAUAAUCUUGUUAGAGACUUUAUCAGAAUGGUUCCUAUUUACAUGGAACGAAUUUACGAAAUCCACCGAGCCGUAGCCAGAGGUCGUCUUCGAGAUGUGCAAACACUAUUAGACAGAAAGAAACUUGCACUGGCUCGCGAUCCUUUGGGAGCAACACCUCUUCACAAAGCUGUCAUGUAUGGACAUAAUGACGUUGCGGAAUACAUUACGUUAAACUUCCCACUAGCCAAAGACACCAAAGAUUUGGAUGGUCGAACACCUCUUCACUACGCAGCAGCUCUAAAAGACAACCAUGAAUUAUACAAUAUGCUCAUUUCCUUGGGUGCCAAUCCUUUAGUUUUAGACUACCGUGGAAAGACCGCAGAGUAUUACUUACAAUUUCCAGAGCAUUUGCACUUAGAACAGAUGAUCAAGCAGAGUCAAAGGUUGAACGCUAACUAUAUGGCCAAUCAUGCUAAUCGAAUGAAAGCAGUGUCCCCUAAACGAAAAUCACCCUAUCCAACAAGAGCGACGCUAGCAUUGGAUUUUAAUGCAAAUAUCCGCUCAAUGAAUGGAGAACUGAGUGAUGAAACUGAAGACCUAGAACCUCAAAAGAAUGGUCAUGUGACGUUCAAAAUGCCCAAAAAAACUCUCUUCAGAAGUCAACCACUGCUACCACCACCUAAAUUAAAAAGAUUAGAAAUUAAUUCUGCUAAUAUUAAGCGAUGGAUAAGAGAAGAAGAUCUCGAGAAGUUGGAAGGAGCUGUUUUAGAAGGUUACGGAGAAAAAGUGGCUUCUCAGAAGAGUGACAAUGCUAAAUUACAAGAAUACAUCAACGACCAAGUUCCACUUCUUGUCAAGAAAAUAGAAGCUAUUCAUAGUGCAAUUUCCAAUGACGACUUGAAUGAACUGCAAGCUCAGCUGCAUGAAACAGAUCACAUGGUUCUUGCAAAAGACCACUUCGGAAUGGCUCCCAUUCAUAGAGCAGUGCUCAUGAAUAAGCAGAAACGCUUGCAUUUUCUAAUUGACAGAUUUCCUGAGACAGUAAAUGCGAGGGAUAAGGAGGGGCGCACUGCUCUUCAUUAUGCAGCUGCCAUGUCCAGGGAGCCAGGAGCUUCAAAUUACUUCAAAAUUCUGUUAGAAGCUGGAGCUGACCCAAGGAUACGAGAUAACCAAGGUAGAUCACCUGAGUAUUACAGAACCCACCACGUGCCAAUUCCUCAUAAAUUAAAUCUUCAUCAAAAGAUGUCGAAGAAGCUUCGGAGUAAGUCAGAACCUCCGCUCCAAAAUAGAGUAAAAAAACUGCCAGGAAUCAACGGCGUAGGAUCUUUGCCUCAGGUAACAAUGGAUAAAAUAAACCAGUGGUUACAAAAUGGGGACUUGGAACAUAUAAAAGAAUUCGCAAUGGACGGGUAUGGCCAACAUCUCGUUGGCAAAACAUCCUGGAGUGAAGAUGUCAGACAGUAUCUUAAAUCACUACCAUUGUUUUUGAUGACCUUAGGGUCAGCAUUUCAUGCUGUGGAAAGAGGUGACGUAGAAUCUUUAGACAAGCUUAUAGAAAGUGAUGAAAAUCUACUAAGGUCAAAAAAUACAGAUGGUUCUACUCUCAUGCAUCACGCAGUACUACAUGACCAGCUGGACGUGCUCAAUUAUUUCUUACAUAAAUACCCAACAUUAGUGAACAUUAAAGAUAGGAAUGGACGGACACCACUACAUGUUGCUGGCCAGCAAAAGAAUCAAUACGUGUACACCAUAUUAACUGCUGCAGGAGCGGAUCCCAUGAUCCUUGAUCAAAAAGGAAGAUCUGCUGAAUAUUAUUAUACUUCUUCCAUCAAACCAACCAAACCGCAAAUUUCACCUUCGUCUUCAACUCCAGAAGAUAGUUCAAGAAAUGAAAAAAUAUCUUCGUCACCAGAAGAAAAUAAGAAAGAUGAGGAAGGUAAUGAAGCUGAACGACAACCAAAGGAUCCGAAAAACUCUAAAAGUUCCGAUAAGGAGGAGGAAGGUGAUACAAAGACAGGAGAAGCUAAAACAGCAGAAAAUGAAGAAAAAAAGGAAGCCGAGGGUUCUGCAACAGCGACAGCUGAAACAGCAAAGACGCCAGUACCAGAGCGUAAAUCAACAGAUCCAGAGCAGGAAGAUAAGCAAGGACAUGAUGACAAAGAAAAUAAUUCAGAAAAAGAGGAAGGAAAAGGAACUGAAACCGAAGAAGAAAAGCCAGAAGAAACGAAAGAAACAAAAAAAGAGGAACCAAAAGAAGAAAAACAGGAGAAUAAGGAAAAUGCUCCCUCCAGAGAACCUGAAGCAUCUGUUAGCAGUUCAGGUGACCGUCUCAAUGAGUUGAUAGAUGUCUGGAUCCGGGAUAGAGACUUGCUCAGAUUAGAACAUGUUGUUAUCGCCGGACAAGGAGAAAGACUCAUUGGGCGUUCUUCUGAUGAUCGACAAGUACAAGAAUUUUUAGACUUGGUGCCCACGUAUAUGGCUCGGAUUCGAGGUGUACAUGAUGCUGUUGUCCGAGGAAAUUUAGGAGAAGUAGAAUCAGUGUUGACGCGAAAGAGGUUCGCCCUGAGCAGAGAUCACCUUGGUGCUAGCCCGUUGCAUCUGGCUGUGCUUCACGGGCACACAGACAUCGUCAAAUAUAUCAUUGACAAUUUUCCGGAAGCCUUAGACGGACCAGAUAACGAGGGAAGAACACCAUUGCACUAUGCAGCUGUUAUGAGGGAUGGUGGCAGCUAUUACCGCAUCUUACUCAUGGCCGGGGCAGAUGAAGCUGUUAAAGACAAGGCAGGACAUACGCCUGAUUACUAUUUAACACAUCCGGGAGUUUUGACCAUUCGAGAUCUUCUAGAAGGCUAUCGGAUUAAGGAUCCUCAAAACAGAAGGCCUUCCCAAGUCAACAUAUGGCAACGUCCUCCAACGGAUGAUGCUGAUAAACCUAGCUACUUCUUCGAUGAAGAGGAUUAUGACUCUCUCUUUGACGAGCCAGAACCUGGAAAUACACCUCAGUAUUCAGAUUCUACAACGACUACAGAACCGAGUCAAGACGACGCAAAAGAUCAAAAACCAGUUCAAAUGACGUCCAUCUAUCCUAUCUUAUUUGAUCGCCAAAACAGAGAUAGCCGCUACUUAGCCACGGUUCUAGGGGACGCUCUUAUCAAAGGUCUUACCCAAGUCGCUGCAAGGCGACCAAGAGACCCUAUAGGAUAUCUGGCAACAUACCUUUACCAGUAUGCAGCGAGGAAAAGUGGAAGCAGACUCUCAUCUAAAGAGGAAGAGACGGCUGACGACUCUGGUGAAACAGAAGGUAAUUCUUCUCCAGUAAAAGCUCAAACAUCAAAUGAAACAAAUGAAACCGAAAAACAAAGGUAUUCAUGAAAAACCCAUACUGUUAAACGAAGAAUA